GAUCUAGAACGACAAAGGGAAGCCCAACAACGAAGCGAACGUGGAAUCUGCUAUGUCGGCGGCGGCGAUUGAUGGCGUGUCGGCUUUGAGAUCGGUGUUUCAGCGGGUAAACCAGGCGGCGGAGAAAGCGGGUCGUGGAUCAGAUGGGAUACGGGUCGUAGCGGUGAGCAAGACGAAACCUGUUUCUGUGAUUCGCCAAGUCUACGACGCUGGUCAUAGAUCUUUUGGAGAGAACUAUGUGCAAGAGAUCAUUGAGAAGGCACCUCAGCUUCCAGAAGAUAUAGAGUGGCAUUUCAUUGGGAAUUUGCAGAGCAACAAAGUGAAGCCUUUGCUAUCUGGAGUGCCUAACCUUGUGAUGGUGGAAAGUGUUGAUGAUGAAAAGAUUGCAAAUAUGCUUGAUCGUGUGGUUGGAAACAUCGGUAGAAAGCCCUUGAAGGUUUUGAUCCAAGUGAAUACCAGCGGUGAAGAGUCUAAAUUCGGCGUGGAACCCUCAGGAUGCAUAGGACUGGCGAAACACGUGAAGGAAGCUUGCUCGAAUCUCGAGUUUUCUGGGUUAAUGACAAUAGGGAUGGCCGAUUACACGUCAACCCCAGAGAAUUUCAAGUUGCUUGCAAAAUGCAGAAGUGAAGUGUGUAAGGAGCUCGGAAUACCGGAGGAGCAGUGUGAGCUAUCAAUGGGGAUGUCUGGUGACUUUGAGUUAGCCAUUGAACUGGGAAGCACAAAUGUGAGAAUAGGGUCUACAAUUUUUGGGGCGAGAGAGUAUCCUUUGAAGAAAUGAAGUAAACAACUGGGUGAUGAGAUCGAUUUGAAGUUGUAACAUCAAAACCAGUUUCGAGGAAGAACAAGAGCUGUGGGUUUUAAAUUAAGGGUGGAAUGAUUUGUAUACGCAUUGUAUUUGCUCUGCUUUUGCUUGUAACUACAUUUCAUAGAUAUAAUAAUAAAGACGUAAAGUAAACAACAUCUUGUCCUUGCACGGAUGAAUAAAGUAAACAUGCUACGA